UAAAUUUUUAUCUUGAUUUAGAUUAAAAUUUAUAUUCUAAAAUAUUUUUAUAGUUUUUAAUUUUUAUUUACGUUGUUUUGUAUAAAUAAAAAUUAACCAUGAGGCGAGUACUUGCAGCAUAUCAAGCUAUGUUGGCGAAACAGCCCUUUCUCACUCAAGUGGCUCAAACUAGUUUAAUUAUGGGAGUCGGUGAUUUUAUAGCCCAAAAAUUCCUAGAAAAAAAGCCUUUCAGUCAGUAUGAAAUCAGCAGGACGCUUGGAUUUUGCUUUGUUGGAGCCACAGUUGUCGCUCCAUGGUUGACAGUCUGGUACAGAACUCUUCACCGUAUAGUCAAACCUAGUAAGUUCGCCCCACUUCAAAAAAUGCUCAUGGAUCAGAUAUUGAUGGCCCCGAAUUUCACCUUCGCCAUUGUAACAUCCCUGAAUUUAGUAACAGGUAAAUCGUUCCAUCAAGCAAUUGCAGAAACAAAAACUACCUAUGUGGAUAUAAUGAAAGCCAACUACUGUCUGUGGCCGUUUGCGCAAUUGGUGAACUUUUAUAUGAUGCCUUUGAAUUAUCAAGUGCUGUUCGUGCAGGUUGUUUCGGUGGGGUGGAAUUCUUAUAUAUCCUAUAAAACGCAAGCUAAACAUGAAAAGAAAUAAAUGUUGGGAAAUGGUAGAAUGAGAUGGCU